AUGUUCGGGAAAUACGAAAAAGAAGUAAACACCCUUGUUAAUAUCAUGAAGAGAGCUAUUCCAAUGACAAUAGGUAUCCAGAAGCGUUUAGAUUUCGAAGAAGUCAGGACAAAGAAAGAUGGAACCUACGUCUCGAUUGCAGAUUACGCUAUCCAAUCAAUUAUUAUGGAUGGAAUUUUUAAUAACCUCCCAGGUGAUGACUGCUUAGGCGAAGAGGACUGUGGAAAAUUAAAUCCAUAUUUCUUAUCCAUGGUUAAAAAAGUUUUACCAGACGAUUUUGAUCCAGUAAAGGCAUGCCAUAAAGCCAUCUUCAAAUGGGGUCCUGACAACCACCGUGUAUGGGUUAUCGAUCCAAUCGACGGAACAGCUGGCUUUGUUUCAAACGGAGCAUACGCAAUCGCAACAGCUCUUCUUAUCGAUAUGAAGGUUGCCUGUUCAAUCACUGCCUGGCCACUCCAUGACCCACAAUAUACUGGACUUCCUUUCGAGGGACCAGCUAUUUUCAUUGCAACAGAUGAAGGCUUAGCCGUUGCUAUGGAUAUGGAAGGAAAUACUUAUGAUAUGACCAAACCAACCUGCCAUGAGUCCGGAUUAUUAACUAAUGGCUUAGGAAGGGUCCUUGCCGUUAUCAAAGAAACAUUCCGUAUUGAUAACAUCAUUAGCAUGGUUUCUAUGGUUAAAGGAUUUAUUUUGGCCUCAGGAAAGGCAAGUGUAUACGCAAGAAUUCAUAAAAUGCAAGAGCAUGUUUGGGAUGUUGCACCAUUCGAGCUUUUCGUCAGAAACUGCGGUGGUUAUGUUACAGAUGGACUUGGUCAUCAGCUAGUUUAUUUACCAAAUGGUAUGAUUAAAGAUACAGAGUACGGAAUUCUCUCUACAAUUGGAAGACAAGAAUUCCACGAUAAAGUUCUUGCUACAAUGCGUGAAGGAAUGAAGAACAUUUUACAGAUUGACUACUGGGAGGAUUAA